UACUGACAGAAGACCCCACCUGUGGACUCUGCUGCUCUGCAGGGGGGAGCCCAGCAGUCAGCCUCCAGGUGCUUGUGCUGUAAAGUCUGAGAGCAGCUGAGCUAGCAACUUGGGCUUCCAAAUUCUGCUGGUGUUCAGACCUGCCAGUCAUCAGUUUGAGAAAGUGCUGCUUCAGAUUUAGUCAGGUUUUCACGUUCCCCCCACAUUCGUAAGACACUGGCACUGGUAGAAGCUAGGCAGAUGAAAUUAUGUUAAAAUAGUGGUUUCUUUGCAGAGCAGGUAGGAAUGAUAAUUUUAAAUAGAGUUUUGAUUUUUUUUAAGUUAUAUGCAGUGAUCCAUUUAAGAACAAAAUAUGCAAAUGAAGUAUGGAUGUCUAUUUUAGCAACAAAAAAUAGUGAGAAAAGGAAUCAUUUACUGUAUUUUGGCAUUAGAUGGAAUUUAAACAUAAUUGAACAAGUACUUAUUAAUAAAUUUUAUAUAUUAUAAAUAAUUAGAAUUAUUUUCAGACAUUUAAGCCAGUUUUCUCCUUUACAGUUUUUUGUUUUGUUUUUAAAAGCAUGUGUGUGGUACUAGGGUUUGAGUCUGGACUUUGCACAUGCUAGGCAAGUGCUGUACCACUAACCUACAUCCUAGGCCUGUGAAGUGUUUUUUAUAGAAAAAAUGUACCCUCAGAAUGAUUAUAUGCACACACUCAAAACACAGACCUAACGGGACAUUUAAAGUGUGUCCUUUCUCCUUCCCAACCCCAUGGCUUUGAGUAAUAAAAAGAUCUACCAGUGGCUUGACCUUACAAAUUGAGUGCUAACAAAUUGUGUUCAGGUUAGGGGCCUAUUCAUUGAUUUAUUAAAUAUUACUGGGUUCCUUUUCAUACGGUGCUGUAUGACCUUUUAAGCACUGGGCAUAAAUUAGUAAACAAUGCAGAGUUUCUACAUCUGGAGCUAACAGUCAAAUACAUUGAUACAAAUAUUAAAAUGAAAACAUAAGAUGGAGAUGUGUUACUCAAAAAAUAAACAGCAGUGAUAAAGAGAAUGACCAGUUUGCAAUAUUAUACAUUAGUUUCUGUACACCUAGCAGCUGGCACUCAAAAUUUUUGUUGAAUGAAUCAGCCACACUAUGAGAGAUUUGAUGGUAGCUUCCAAGUCAUUGGUGAUUAUAAUAUUGUAGAUAAUGAGAUUAAUCUCAAUACACCAGGUUCAAAUCCUAGAAAGUGAGUAUGGUGGAGUCAAGAUUAGACAGUGGUGAUAAAAGAUAACCAGAUUUCUGGUAUCUAGCCAGGUAGGAAUAAAGGCAGAACAAGAAGUUAAAAUAAUACAAGAGAACCAAAGGAAAGAGGCAAGCAAGUCUGUGCCCUUGUUCCAGGUUCUUGAGAUAUGACUGAAAGAAAUUAGUAAACCAGGCACGGCGGUGCAUAGCUGUAAUCCUAGUUACCGGGACUUGGGGCAGGAGGAUCUCAAGUUCAAGACCAGCCCGUACAACACUGCAACACCCUGUCUCAAAAGAAAUUUUUUUUAUUAAAGGGUUGGGGUUACAGCUCAUUGGUAGAGGCUUGUGUGCAAGGCCCUGGGUCUGAUUCCCCUAUACCAAGAAAAAAGAAACAAAGAAAAAAGAAAUUAGUAGUCUUUUGGGGUUGUUGUUACAGAAACUCCUGGUUAGGAUUUCAGGAACCAUAUCCAGGGAACAAUGUCCCAAAGCUAAGCCUCUGCUCAGGAAAACAGAAAAUGUCUAUGGAAUUAAGAAACUAGUGAGAAAAAGGGAUCAGAAAAUGAAGCAUGCUCUUUCACCUAUCCUAAAAACCUUAAAAUAGAUUUGAGUUUAUCUUCAGGACAAAUGUAAAAGAAACAGCACUCUUAAAUUUGAAAUUGCAGAGAAAGUAUCUAACCUUCUGUUAGUAUCAGUGAAAAAUGUAUUAGCAGAGUGCCUUUUGUCAACACCUGAAAUGCCCAGUUCCUGAACUUGCAAUUACUGACUCUAGGAAGGGGAGGAUUGCAAAGGAAUCCAGGAGACCAUCCUUACCUCUCCUACAGUCUUCUGUUUUCCACACACACAUCAAAUUUUUAUAUAUUGUUGAUGGACCUUUAUUUUACUCACUUAUAUGUGGUGCUGAAAAUCGAACCCAGUGCCUCACACAUGCUAGGCAAGUGCGCUACCAUUGAGCCACAAUCCCAGCCUGACACAUCAGAUUUGUAACUAGCAAAUGCAUAAGAAAAUUUGUCCUCCUACCACCAUUCCAAAUUAUGACAGAACUACUCUAGUAUUGUUUGAAAUCAUACAUUUUAAUAAGUUUAAAAAGAUAAUUUACCUUUUCUGGUAUGCUUAAGGACCUAGAUGACCUCACCAACCUAAAGCAGGGAGGGGGUCAUAGUUGUGAAGAUUGAGUAGUUCAAACAGAGCUUCUAGGCACAAGAACAUUUGAGAAAAACAUUUUUUUUAAAAGAGAGUGGAAAGUUCUUUUAUGACGAUCGGGGAAUUAAGUACAGUAGAAUUUUAUACUUGGAAUCCUAGAGAUGUUUUGUAUAGGAAAAGAAAACAAAGAUUUAAAAUGUAGCCAAUUCAAGGAGACUAAAUCUUCCAAACUUAUCCUCAGUAGUUUUUUUUCCCUCAUGAAAGAAGUUAGAAAGAUAGAAUAAUAAUAAAUCACUGCUAGGUAAUAUCACAGGCAACAGGUAACACAUUCAACACUGCCCUCAGUUUUAAUCCAAAUUCACAUAUACUAGGGGAGUGCAGGUCUAAGAUAUAGAUUUUGAUUGGAUGUACACAAAAUAUUCCAGUUAGUAUGAGGAGAAGACCAGAGGUGUAUGAAAAACCACAUAGCUAAGUAUUAGUGAGAAGUCUCAAAUCAGCUUUUCAAAUUUCUUAAAAGAAAUGGUUAGAAUCAAAUUGCCUGGACUUGAACCCACACUAGCUGUGACUCCAGACCAGUGACUAAUCUUUAUCACCUCUAAAUUGGGAAUAGCAGACUCUUGUUGGAUUUCUGUGCAGUUUAGAUGUGUUAAUUCUUGCAAGAACAUUUAGCAGAGUGUCUAGAACGUGGAAAGCAUUCAGUACACACUAGCUAAUAUUUUAGCAUUAUUUUAACAUUACUAACCCUGUUGAGUGUUUUAAUAUAAAGAGAAUGGGAAGAUCUGCCUGCCUUGCUAUUGCUCAAACAUUUUAAAACCACAUGACUCAGGCCUCUCCACCUACCACUUAGACCCCAGCCUCAAAAACCCAUACUUUGGGAGAAGGAAACUUUUUAAAAUAAGCUCUUUAAACCUAAGUGAUAUCAGGAAGUGUCACACCUAUUUAACAGCAUAAAAUAUACCUGAUCUUACUGAAGCCUUAUUUAAAAAUCAGAUUUGUGUGAACUGUUUUCAAUCCUUCUGUCCAGCAUUUUCCUCCUUCUGACAAGUUUCUGUCUCCAAAUAUGAUAGAGUCUCCAAUCAUUUAUAGUCAAGUCUAGGCAAAGAUUUUGAAAGUUGACUUUUAUUGUUCUUUUAAACAUUUGUCUACCCAGUCAUAACAUGUUUUGCUGCUGCAGAUAGAAUUUAUGUUGGUGGUCAGACAAAAGCCUGUGAAGUUUCUACAGAAGAAAAGCUACAGAAACUAUUUUGAAGUGGAAUCCAGGACAGUGUACUGAGGUAGAGACUCGGAGAUGGUUUCUCUGCACUAAUAAAGUGAAGCAUAAUUUACUUUGUAAACCAACACUGAGCCUGCCUGAGCCAGAUGCGGAAAGGUGGGCGGCCUGAACGCUGUACCCACUUAACCAGCAGCCUGGGAAGCCCCGGGAACCUUGCCACUGGUGUCCAAGCUGGCAUGAUUAGGAAGUGACACAUCCUGGGGAAGCUCUCCUCAGGAAAUGCGUGGGCCACCAAGCUCGCCAGCAGGAGGGCCACAGCUCCUUCUGUGCGUGAAGAGUCUACAGAGUGCUGGCCCUUCUUCAGCUUCCUUGUGGGGAUGGAUACAUAGAACAGAGCUCUGAAAGGAAACAGCAAUCCUGACAGCCACAGGAACACUGUCAUGCCAUCUCAUAAUCACCUGUGGUCUAUUUCUAAGUUACUCUAUGCUAUCCCAAUGGUCAGAGCUUCCUACCUGCCCCUCCCCACCAGAAAAAGCAGUGUUCUGGGAAAACACAAAGAAAUGAUAGACAGAAAACACAUCUGAUCAAUUUUAUUCAUACUACCCAUGAAAAGCAAUUACAUUUUUACAUAAAAUUAUGAAUGUAGACAACAGAAUCUUAAGAGUAGUAUGUCUGAUUAGAAAUACAAUACAGUAAAUAGAUAUGAAAAUUAAUAGCAUCCUUUAGUGAUUACAUUUAUUCUGUGCUUUCUACUUAAUUAUAGCAGCAUCUGUAAGAUUCUCCUAUUUGUUCAUAGUUAACUAGCAGCGAAAUUUAAAUUACACAAAUGUAGUAGAUAUUUCCCUCCAAAGUUUCAUUAAUACAAAUUUUAUCACAUUAACCAAAUAAAAUUACUUCUAUUUCCUGAAGAAAAAGGUGGAGAAAGAUUUCAUAACUCACUAGCUCCUUAGCAAAGGAGGGAAGGAGAGGAACAGGAAACUGGAAAAAGUGAGUUCUCAUUGCCUGGACCAGCGCUGGGUGUUUUGGCACCUGCAGGUGUGUGCGUCUGUGUGUUACUGAACAAAUGCUACGUAAACAUUUUUUUCUGCUUGAUGUUGCAGAUGAAAAAUAUGUGGAAGUUUCCAGGAGGCCUGUCAGAGCCUGGAGAAGAUAUUGGAGAUACAGCAGUUCGAGAAGUUUUUGAAGAGACUGGUAUAAAGUCAGAAUUCAGGUCCCUCCUGAGUAUUCGACAGCAGCACAGCCUUCCCACAGCCUUCGGGAAGUCAGAUAUGUACAUCAUCUGCCGCCUCCAGCCACAUUCCUUCACCAUCAACUGCUGCCCGCAGGAGUGUCUCAGGUGCGAGUGGAUGGACCUGGUGGACCUGGUCAGGGCUGGAAACACAACUCCUAUCACCAGCAGAGUGGCCAGGCUGCUGCUCUACGGGCACAGAGAAGGGUUUGACAAGGUAGACCUCACCGUGGAGGAGCUUCCGGCAGCGUCUACAGGCCUGCUCUAUAAGCUCUAUCACAGGGAACUGCCAGAGAAGUGUGCACUGUGACAGGAGCGCACUGAAUCCACACCGACAUGUGUUGAAAAUUUUAAGGAAACUGUCAAUGUUGAUUAAUAUAUGCCAGAUAAUAAAAUGUCAUGAACACUUGGGAUUAUUAAAUAUUUGAUGGUAAUUUUCUAAUGCCUAUGAUUUCCUUGUUGAAAAUUCACAUGUAAAGACACUUCAAAAUCUUUUCAAAUAAUAUAAAUAUAAGAAAAACAUAAUCUAGGUAAUCUUCUUUGAGUAACAGCAGAUGCUAUAUAAAAGGGGAAAGUUUACACAUUUUCUAUAAUUGUUUGUUGUGUUUCUUUACUGAGGCAAUGGUUAAAUAUUAGAUAAAAAGCUAUCUGACACGUUAUCUAAACCGUGCUGUAUAUAAUUUUUUUUUCUCUUAACAGAUUCUAAAAUAUGCUUCCUUCUUUCUUGUGAAAUGAGAUAGAUUAUGCCAUUAAAAUCAGCUCUUAGCAGACAUUGGAAGAAAAAGUAUAGCUUUCUGCCCAGGUCCUGUUUUGGAUCCAAGUUUAUACUGCCCUGUUCGUUUCAGGGCCACAUACCAACUGGAGUAUUUCCUUGACCGGUAAGUAUUGUAGUUAUUUGAUUCCAGUCGUUCAAAAAAGAAACACUCGUCCGUAACACAUUUCUGAAAAAUAAAGGAAGAAUUACUUGUUA